AUGGAGACCCUCCUCAAGGAGAUCUUCAGCAUCACUCCUGAUCCUCCUGUCAACAUUUCUCACCUGCACUGGGGAGUUCCAUACUUAAAGAAACUAGCACAUCUGGAUGAGGAUCUAUAUGAAGACUUCUACAGCUUGUGGAUCAGCCUCAUGGUGGUCAACAGCAUCAUGUUCUUGGUGGGACUCGUUUUAAACAGCUUGGCUCUGUACGUCUUUUGCGUGGGGACGAGAUCUCGUACGGCUCCCCUCAUCUACACUAUAAACUUAGCGAUCGCUGACCUCUUGGUGGCUCUGUCACUCCCGGCACGUAUUGCUCUGUACUAUAGCGGGGGUGGCUGUGUGGCAUGCUCGUAUGUUCACACCUUCAGCUAUUUUGUUAACAUGUACUGCAGCAUCCUCUUUCUGACCAGCAUCUGCAUGGACCGGUACAUGGCGGUGGUCUGGGCAGCGGGAAAAGCAGACCGCUGCAGGAGUCCUAACGUUGCAAAGUGUGUGAGCAUCGGUGUGUGGUUUUUCGCUGUAGUGGUCACCUACUCAUUACAGACCACAGCACUUGAAGUUGGUUCAUCUUGCUGCCACUUGGCUGUGCUGUUUGCCGUCACACUUUUGGAGUUUGUGAUCCCCCUGCUGGUCAUCGUCACAUUUACUGCACGCGUGGCCUGUGCGCUGGCCAACGAUGGGCUCAUGGCACAAAGCCGUGCAAGAAGGGCACGCGCCGUACGCCUGUUGCUAGCCGUCCUUGUCGUCUUUGUUGUAUGCUUCACGCCCUUCCAUGUCCGUGAGGCUCUUGUGUACUUCAACCUAGAGGGCGGCAGAGAACAGUAUGUGGUGGCAUACCACACCACAGUGACUCUCAGUAGCCUGAACAGCUGCCUUGACCCUAUAGUCUACUGCUUUGUGCCUGAUAACUUUCGUUCCGCACUACGACGUGCGUACAGGAGAAGGGAGCCACAGAGUUCCACUGGUGUCAUUGUAUCCACUGGACGCUGUAGCUCUAAAGGUUCCAGCACUGCCAUGGCUGUUGUUUGCAGUGUUGCCACGCUCACCCUCAGUCCUUGCACCCUGCCUUCUACUGAGAUGCUUGCAUGA